CUUUUAUGGCGCCAAAUUCGAACCAGCAAUUGCAAGAGCGGCUUGCCCUUGAAGCUUUCAAUGGCUACAUCGUAUCGUCUUCUUCCUCAUCGUCCUGAUUCGUGCUUUUGGUUUCUUGUCGAUUCAUCAGUGUGAUGGUCGCAGAGUUUGAAACUGGUGCCCUCGAAUCUCAGCUUUCUCGCUUUAUCGUCUCUGGUUUUGUUCAAUUUCAUUUUCAACUCCUUUACCUAAUUUCUAAAAGGAGUAAUGGAAUUAUGACAUUUUAUUUUGUCUCUCCCUCUCUCUUUCCGAGGCAUUUAUUAUCACAACUUUCGAUUGCUCAGUGAGAUGAAGGUAACUAUGCUUUGUUUCAGUAUUUAUCUAUUUUGGUUUAGACUCAUUUUGACUCGAUUAUUGUUGAAAUCGUGUGAAUUAUUGUCUUCUGUUUAUAGUGGCGAUUACUAUCAGUGAACAAUUCCUAUUAUUAAUAUUUAAUCUGAUCCUAAAUAGAAUAUGCACAAACGAAGUCUGUUCAAUUUUUAGAUAGGAAAAAAGUAUGGUCGAUGAAUUUGUGUACAAAAGUAUGAUCAAUGAAUUUGUGUAUUUUAGGCACAGGCGCAUGUUUUGUAAUCUAACAUAAUCUUAAUCAGGGGGAGUUUUCUCACAAUUUAGAGCUUCCUACAAAAAUUAGGCAGGGAAGUUCACUGAUCAUGAAGUUCCAGCUAAAAAUCAGGUUUGUUUUGUUUUCUUGUUUAGCAAUCAGAUUGGAAGAGGGAAGAGGGAAGAGGAAAUUUUGAAAGACCCACAAGGAAACAAUGGUGAAGGCCUGGUCUUGUCAUGGCCUUCUACGGUGUGGGAAGAGCUGCCGUUUAAGGUGGACAAACUAUCUAAGACCUGACAUCAAACGUGGCCCCUUUACCCCUGAGGAAGAGAAGCUUGUUAUUCAGCUUCAUGGAAUUCUUGGAAACAGGUGGGCUGCCAUUGCUUCUCAACUGCCAGGAAGGACAGAUAAUGAAAUCAAGAACUUAUGGAACACCCACCUGAAGAAACGCCUCCUUUGCAUUGGCAUUGAUCCACAGACACAUGAACCCUUCAAUUCUCGUUGCUCAUCCUCUACAGCACCGGCAUCUCCAACCACCCGCCACAUGGCACAGUGGGAGAGUGCUCGGCUCGAAGCCGAAGCUCGACUUUCAAGGGAGUCAUCACUCUUCACUCCACUUCCCAUGGAAACGACGACUGAUUCUGACUUUUUUCUUCAAAUAUGGAACUCUGAAGUUGGCGAUUCGUUUCGUAAGUGCAGGGAAGACAAAACCACAUGCCAUAGCCAGAGUUCCCUGUCCUCAUCGAUCAAAUGUGAGUCGGUUUACAUUGUUGCAACCCAUAACGGAGUUGAUUACACCGGUUCCUCAGCCAUGGAAAGCAAUGAAAAUGAAGAAACAGAAUACAAAAACUUCAAAUCCAUGGCUGACAUUGUGAUGUCCAAGUCUGAUUCUUCAAGUGCAAAUGAGUUCGAGGAGUCGUCGGAUAGUGCAUUAGAACUGCUUCUGGACUUCCCCAUUAACAAUGACAUGAGCUUCUUGGAAGAAAACAACAUGAACACUUAGCAGCAUCCGCAGUAGAUAGUUAGCUUCUUUCGUCACCCCGCCUUGAUAGAACUACGAUUUAAGUUUCUCUGGUAGGUUAGGUCCCAAGUUUUGUGGUUCAUUUUUUUUUGUGCUUUAGAUUAGAAGCUGUGUUGAGAGAAAGCGGUUUCCAUGGAGGCAUCUCUCCACUGCAACUUAUAAAAGCAAUUGGAAAGGAGAUUUCUACUCAGCAGCAAGUGUUUCGUAUGUAGAUAGCAUAUAUGGUUACCAAUUCAGGGCCUUAUCGUACACUCAUCGAUGGUUAGUGCUUUGAACUCCUAUUUUGAGUACCACUCCUCUCACCAUGUAUUACUAUUCUACAACUUGUCUCUUGCUAUUAUGUAGAAAAUUAUGUGAGAAAAGAUCCAUGUAAUUAUGGGAGGCAAACCUCCUCCAUCAA